AUGAAUCCGGCCAUCACAGAGGUCUAUUGCUUCGUCUUCGAUGAGGCUCUCAAAGUGAUCAUGCCGCGUUAUUUUGAUUUCGACAAAACCACUGACUACGAUUUUGUUGGCUACAUCGCGGUAGGGAUCAUCGCCAAGCUAUUUCCUCUAUAUUGCCCAACGACAUCCCAUCAGACUUUGCGUCCAUGCAUAAAUCAAUGUGCAUACAUAUACACGUCAAUCGAUCACUUUGCGGUGUUCGAGAUCCAACAGAGCAAGACUGAUGACCUUGUCGGGCCUUUGCAUCUCCCUAUGCACAACACGGUUAUAGGCUUGGACGGCAAGUCCUAUAUGGUAUACAACUGCGCGGGCCCAGAUGUUCUCCGUCUCGCGCGUCAUCCAAAAGGUUACUACCCGUGGUCCGGCAUCGACAUUGCAUCGCUCGUGAACAUGUCAGAUUCAGGUUCCUGGGUCACCAAUUCGGCGAACGUGAUCUCUGAGGAUGUUGUCAGCACGCAACAAUCUCAAACAGCUCAAAAAACUGUCGUCGUGCCCAAGAAAAAGAAGAAGGCCCAAGAAAAAGACAACCUGAAGUGGAUCCAGCAAUUCCCCAAUUGGAAUAAGGCCCUUGCUUAUACCCGGGCCCUACUGCGAUUGGCAGUGUGUCGCGGCAAUGUUGGCAACCCCUACGACCUCCUGCAUCAACCUGUCGCCAGGGCCAAACUUUUGCAGAAUGUCUGGCCUCAGGCCCUCUGUACUGCUAACAUACGCCCUGAUCAAUUGGAAUCAGUUAACUCACCUACCACCAACAAACAUUUGACUCAUGCUGAGAUCUUGGUCUUUAUCAAAUCUUGGUUGACGCUUUUCGUUUACGAUGUCAAAUGGUUGGUAGAAUGCUCGGCCUAUGAAUGCUUCGGCCUCGACCACAUCACUGCGAAGAUCUUAUUACUUGAAACGAUCCGCGGCAUACUGCAGUGUUUCAUGGAACCAAAGUCUAGUCUCCUCCCCAUCAAGGCAAAUGGUUUUGCAUGGUUCCUGGGCCAACCAAUGGCUAAGGAGAUUGCUUGGCAUGUUGUCUUCCGCCACAUGUACACAAAUGGUGUGACACUGGUGUUGGCGGAUCUUGAACCAACGACAUUCAAGGGUGCAGCCCACCCACCCAUGGCCACGUUGGCGUUGAUGGGCGCCAGUUGUUUCGGCGGUACCCUGGAAACGCUGGCGAACCUAGAAGGCAUCAAGGCCAAAGAGAUGCCUUAUCCAUCACAGUCUGUAAUAUAUAGCGGACUCUUCCGGAUGGGUCCAGUACUUACCGCCCAGCACCACGACUCGGAUCACCCGACGCUCAUGUUCAACUUGGGCAAGUUGUGUAACGUUAUCAUCACCGAAGUCACCCGACUGGGCCGGCCAAAGAAAGCCACCACAGGCCAGAAAAUAACAGUCCAUAAAACCCAACCCAACGCAUUUUGUACGUCCUCGAACACCUACUUUCUCGAUAUUGAACAUACCGAUAAUGCCCUGAACCAAUGGCUCCAGACACAGGGAACUAAAGUUCUUCCCGACUCCCUCUUCAUCACAGCUUCUGUGCUGUUUGGAUGGGUCGACCCUCAUGAUCUCAUAGCUCUCCUUGACACGAGCCUCAGGGUGGUCACGACACAGAUGCAACUCCAGCAAGAAGAGGAGAGUUGCACAUUACCUUUUGUACAAAAAGAACGAUUUUUGAUGGAGGACAGGAUCAAGGCUAUGGCGAACUUGUGUGAAGAACUAGAUACUCCAAAUCAUUCACCUAUGUCUCCUGUACCAAAGACGCUGUCUUCUUUGGACGGCACAUACGUCAAAGACUCUGACUCGGCCGAUUCCAAUUGUUUCAAACUCACAGAAGGUGUUCGAGAAAAAUGCGAGGCGUGGCUUCUUGCAUGCAACACUUCGACAGUUGGUACCAGUGCCAGCCAAACACUUCUUCAUUCUCCACAAUAUGUAACAAUUUCUCAUCCGCAUGAACAUCUCUUAAGGGUAAGGGUUAUCAAUGCUACGAGGGAGCGGGUUUUCUGA